GUAGCUCGUCCGAUUUCACACACUCGCCAAGGCGCGGAGCAAACACAGCCUCCAGAGACCUCUCCAGGAGUUUACCACCACCCUUCCUUAAAAAAAAAAAAAAUCUUUUUUUUUCUUCUGUCUGAUCCAGUCUAGCCCUAGGGAUUUAAAACCUUUUUCUCCUUUUGGCCAUCGGGGAGGAGGAGAAAGGAGGAGGACUUAAAGCGGGCAGCGAAGGCUGCCAUCUGGCGCUGCCCUUUUUCCCUCGGCGCUGUCUGUAUUUCCCCACCUCAAGCUAAAGGGGGAGGGAGGCGAGAGGAGGAGGAGGACCAAAAGGAGGAGGAGAAGUGCGGGGAACGUUGGGGGGAGUGGGUGGUGUGGGAAAACGGGCAUCCAGCGAGCAGGUCCCAGUCCCAGGCAGAGGCCAGCCCCGGCUGUUGGCAGACUGGUUGAGAGAGAGCCUGGAGCGUUUCGGAACGCAGCCCAGCCCCAGCGCAGAACUGCGGUGUUACGGGAAGGGAGGGGAAGUGUUUAGGGGGCUCUUCGUCGUCUCUGUAAGUCGGAGGUGGCGAGUAUGUUGUAGGAGGGGGUGGGGGAGGAAGGAGGAAGGAGCUGGCGAGCCUCGGCUCAAGCAGACAGGUGAUGGGCGUUUCAGCCGCCACCGCGGCGGUGGUGCUCCGGUUCCAUUCCUUGGGUUUCACUCCGGUCUGAUCUAAGCAAAUAUGCAGAAGUACCGGCUAGUCUGCUCUUAAAGCCAAAAAAGCAGGGCUAGAGAGAGAGAGAGAGGGAGGGAGCUAAAGAGACGGCUGCGGCUCUGGAUCCAGGAGCUACCAAAAAAAAAAUUAUAUAUAUAAUAAUAAUAUCCCCCUCCUCCUCCCCUCCACCAGUUCCCCACCCCCCCCACCCCAGUGGCCGAGGAGGAUCCCGGAGCGGCACACACUCGCUCACACACGCGCGCACACACAUACACACGCGCAUACACACCAGUGUCUUUCUCCCUGAGGGAUGGUACUGAAUUUCGCCGCCACUGGAGCCCGGCUGAAGCUCCUACACCGCAGCUCUGCGUUCCCACCGAGUCUAAAGUGCACCCGGACGCGAUGAGGACCUGGGUUUGUGUUUUGCUGCUAGGGUUUGGAUACCUGUCCUAUGCCUUUUCCGAGGAAGCCGAAAUCCCCCGGGAGGUGAUCGAGAGACUGGCUCACAGCGAGAUUAACAGCAUCCGCGACCUGCAGCGCCUCCUGGAGAUAGAUUCCGUAGGAUACGAGGAUGUUUCAGAGACAAACCUGAAAGCUCAUAUGGUUCAUGCUCCCAAACAUGUGCAGGAAAAGCGUCCUGUACCCAUUAGAAGAAAAAGAAGUAUUGAGGAGGCCGUUCCUGCUGUUUGCAAAACGAGAACGGUUAUUUAUGAGAUACCUCGCAGUCAGAUUGAUCCCACGUCGGCCAACUUCCUGAUCUGGCCCCCGUGUGUGGAGGUCAAACGAUGCACAGGCUGCUGUAAUACCAGUAGCGUCAAAUGCCAACCUUCACGGAUCCACCACAGAAGCGUCAAGGUGGCAAAAGUGGAAUAUGUUAGGAAAAAACCGAAAUUAAAAGAAGUUCUGGUGAGGUUAGAAGAGCAUUUGGAAUGCACCUGUAUGUCAUCAAAUUCUAAUUCAGAUUAUCGAGAAGAAGAAACUGGAAGGCCUAGGGAAACAGGUAAAAAACGGAAAAGAAAAAAGUUAAAACCAACCUAAAGCCCACUGGAGCUAUUUGAUAAUCAGAUGUGAGGUGAAAAUAAGCUAGAAAACCUUCUCUGGGACACGGAUGUACAUGGUUUGUUACAUUCCUGAACCUUCUAUGUAUGGUGCUUCAUUGACAGUAUACUCUACUUGUUCUCUUCUGUGAAAAACUGUCUGAAAGAACACUUGAUGAGAACAAAGAGACAAUGUACAUUUGUUUAAUGUGACAUCAAAGCAAGUAUUGUAGCACUCGGUGAAACAAUAAGAAGCUUCCUUGUCCAAAAAAAAAAAGAAAAAAACCUACAAAAACCCAUACAAAAAAAAAUAAAAUAAAAGGUUGACUGAAUGGACGAGACCCAAAAGUUCUACAAAAAUGUGACAAAAAUCUAAAUGAACAAUGGAUUUCUGUCAAGAGUGGUCAAAGGUGCUUUUUGUCAAGAAAUGGGCCUGUUUUCUUGAUGAAGAUGGAUGGACACUGAUGGACUACAGGCACACACACAAACAGAAAACAACAACAACCAACAACAACCAGGAAUGUAUCCAAUGCCACGUGAACACUAUAGACACAAUACAUCCUCGCUCCGUAGUGUUUUAAGUCUACAUAAACCUUUUUGAGAGCCUUAAGUGGAUUUUUUUUACACCAUAAAGUGAUUAUUAAGCUUUUCUUUUUAUUCUUUGCCUAGCUUUUUUUUUUUUUAAUUUCUUGGACUCCAUUUACCAAUAACACAUGAAAAAGGCUGCUGUAACAGUAAGGCAGGCAGUAUGAUGGUAUUUCUCCUAGCAGGAUGCAAACUAAUGAGAUGUAUUAAAAUAAACAUGGUAUACCUACCUAUGCAUAA